AUGCACAAGCCUUAUAUUCUCGUGAAAUCCGAGCUCGCCGAGACUCCCAUGAAAAAUCUGGACUUGCAGAAUAAGCGCGACAAACGUCGCCGACGACCUUGCCGUACCAACCUUUUCCCUUACACCGACUCACACUCACACUCACAAUUUGACCAAUCGUCAUGUCUUCUCGAGGAUCCAGCUCACGGGGACGACGUGACUCCCAAGGCUCGCGACAUAACAGCCCGCCCGGCAGCCCUCGCCCCGGCAGCCCUCAUUCUGACCGACCACGAAGCCCGCACGGCUCCGGCUCAGGCGAACGGUCCCCAAGACACGGGAGCCCUAGUGGCGAGCCUCGACGACCCCAUGGCAGCCCUUCCGGGCAGUCCCAGCGACCCGGCUCUCCUGGUCAAUCGCAGAGAUUCGGCACAAGCCCUCCUGGACAGUCUCAGCGACCUAGCCCCCCUGGGUCCCAACGACUCAGUCCUCCCGGGCAGUCUCAGCGUGGCGGGCAGCAACAGAUGCCUCACCGGCCUCGUGGUCCAGGCGGACCUCCUGGGCGAGGUGGCCAAGGUCCGCCAAACCCCCAGCGGAGAGCCCCGGAGGCGAAACAAGAGUAAUGUUAUGUUCACCUCGGAUACACCUGACGAGGGUAUCGCUUUGUUCGAAGACAAGUGUUUGAACUCCAAGCAAGACAUCAAACAAGAGGCUCAGCUCGACUUCCGAGACCAGGACGUGAAAGAGAAGAAUCCGCUGCCUCCAGUGAGGCUGCCCAUUCGUCGCCCCAUCUAUGGAAUGAAGGGAAAGAAGAUCAACCUCCGCGCUAAUUUUUUCCCCAUCCGUUUCGGGCCCUCGGCCGUCUUCUAUGCCUACAAGGUGAUUUUCGAACAACCACCAAACACCAAGCGCCACGUUAUCCAGGUCUUCACGAGCUUGGUGAAGAACCCGGAGUUCGCUCGGUUUGGCCCGCCGGUCUCGGAUCUUGCUACGUGGUUUGUGACCACUCGGAAGCUCGAUAUCCAGGCGAAAAGGGUCGGGGUCGACCCCGGAGACGACGGAGUUCCCAAGCAUGUGUAUACAGUUCGAUUCAAGCUCCAGGGCGACGGCCGCCUGCCGCUGGAGGCCGUGACCAGGGGCCUGAGCAACCCGGACGUCCACAUGAAAGUCAGCAAUGAGGACUUUGUGAUCCAGAUGCUCAACAUCAUCGUGAGUGGCUACGCAUUCAACGACCCUGGUGUGGCCAUCACCGACAAGAGUCGUUCCAAGUAUUUUUACAUCGACGAUCGCGCCGAGAAAUGGAACCUCGGUGGUGGCCUGGAAUGUCUUCGAGGCAUCUUUUCAAGCGUGCGGCCUGGCCCGAGCAAAUUCAUGCUGAAUCUCAAUGUCAGCAACAGUGCCUUCUACCAGCCUCUUCCGAUGGACGAAUUCUACAACGAGUUCCUUCGGAUGCGCAACGAAGAUUAUGAUGCGCUCCACCGGACCCUUCGAAAUGUCAAGGUGACUGUCAAGCACCUUAAGCCCCUGAAGGAUGAUAAUGGAAAUCCUGUGCCCCGCGUCAAAAACAUCUGGGGCCUGGCGACUACCAAGGACGGGGCCCCAAUUAAGGACGACCAACAGGGGCGCCUCACUGCCAAAGUCCCCAGUCUGGCAGCGGACCCAUACGACGUGGAAUUCUGGUGUCAAGCUAAAGAUGAUCGUGGAAACCCGACAGGACCCGGGUGGUAUAUCUCGGUGGCCAAAUACUUCAAAGAGCAGUAUAACAUCACCGCGCGGAAAGGGCUCCCGGUGCUCAACGUUGGCAACACCGCUCGUCCGAUCUACAUGCCCAUGGAUGUCUGCCGAAUCAUCAAGGGACAGCAAUACAACGGCGAUUUGUCGACGGCCCAGCGGCAAGAGAUCAUCAAAUUCAGCUGCCGCCGGCCACCGGACAACCACGAGACGAUUAUGAAUCUCGGUCGCGAUAUCCUGGGCAUCCCCACCAAGAAGUUCCGCAAUGAGAAGCAAAUGGACUUUGCGGACACCAUGGCUGUCGUCCCCGGAAGGAUCCUAGAUCCUCCUACCCUCAAGUACGCCACUCGCCCAGAGGCUCCGCGGAACGGAUCGUGGAACCUCGUCGGCAAGAAGUUCCUCAAGGGCGCGUCGAUUGAAAGUUGGGUGUGCGUCUGGAUCAAGGCCGGCGGCACGAGGCAAAAACCCGAAGAAAUCACUACGGGCUUGGGCGAGUUCCGGGCUAAGGCGGGCGAGAUGGGCCUCGUGCUCAGGGGUAUCCCGGCCAUCGUCUCCUUUAACCUGGAUGGCCGCGAUCUCUUCACCGAACACCAAGCACUUUUCAAGCUGCUCGAUGGGGUUCACAAACAAUCGAAGCGACCGGACUUUGCCCUUAUAGUCAUCCCCCAGGGCGCAGACAGGGUCUUCCGAUAUGUCAAGUGGCAGUGCGAUGUGCGGAUCGGUCUUGCAAACCACUGUGUCCUGGCCAACAAGUUCACGAGGACUGACGCUCAGUACAUGGCCAAUAACGCUUUGAAGGUCAAUUUGAAGUUCGGCGGCAUCAAUCAUACACUCGAUACCAAUUCAUCGGGCCUGCUGGCUGCUGGAAAGACCAUGGUGGUGGGAAUCGACGCGACGCAUCCUGCCCCGACUGAUACGGAUAAUUUCCCGACCAUCGCAGCCAUUGUGGCCAGCACUGAUGGAGGACUCGGACAAUGGCCCGGUGAAAUCCGCAUCCAAUCCCGCCGCCAGGAGAUGAUGGAACAUCUGACGGACAUGAUGCUGAAGCGCCUCCAUCGCUGGACCUUGGGUGGCAAAAAACCUCUCCCUGAUAAUAUCCUGAUCUACCGUGAUGGGGUGAGCGAGGGUCAAUAUAAUCAAGUCUUGGUGACUGAGAUGACCGCCCUCAGAGGUGCUUUUGCAAAAGUCUACAAGGACCGAUCACACCCGAGACUCACCAUUCUGGUGGUCACCAAACGCCAUCAUGUCCGGUUUUUCCCUACCUCUGCACAAGAUUGCGAUCGGACAAAUAACUGUAAAAAUGGCACACUGGUCGAGCGCGGCAUCACCCGUCCGUGGUAUUGGGAUUUCUAUCUCCAGGCUCAGACUCCGCUGCAGGGUUCGGCUCGUCCAGCCCAUUAUGUGGUGCUUUACGACGAGAUUUUCACGAAGAAUCCUUCGUCGCCCAAAGGUUACAACGCUGCCGAUGCUCUUCAGCAACUGACACACAACAUCUGCUACAUGAUGGCGCGUUGCACCCGUGCAAUCAGUUACGGGACACCCGCGUUUUUGGCAGAUCGGUACUGUGAUCGUGGUCGCAAGUAUGUGCUUGCGUAUUACGAGGAAAGAGAAGCUAUGCUGAAGAAGAGUGGGAAGAAGAAGGUGAACAAGUCUGAUAUUCCCGUGCCUGAACCUCAUUACAUUGAGGUUCAUCAUACUCUUGCGGAGACUAUGGUCUACAUCUAG